CUCUCUUUCGGUGCUUUUCCUCCCAUCUGCAGGAUUUCCGCAGCUUUUCCGCUUGCUUCUGAAAGUGGAAGCAUGUUCCUGGCAAAGGCUAUCUUGGAAGGGGCAAAUCAAGGCCUUGGAGAAGCUCUGGGAGGCCUUCUUGGAGGAGGUGGUCAGCAAAGAGGUGGAAGGGGAGCGGGAACAGGGGGAAAUAUCGGAGGGAUCAUUGGAGGAAUCGUCAAUCUUAUCAGCGAGGCCACGGCAGCUCAGUACACCCCAGAGCCUCCUCCCACCCGGCAGCAUUUCACCAAUGUGGAGGCCUCUGAAAGUGAGGAAGUCAGGUGGUUCCGGCACCAGUUUGCCCAGCUGGCUGGACCAGACAUGGAGGUGGGUGCCACUGACCUGAUGCACAUCCUCAACAAAGUCCUGGCCAAGCACAAGGAUCUGAAGACUGACGGCUUUAGCCUUGACACCUGCCGGAGCAUCGUAUCUGUCAUGGACAGUGACACCACGGGGAAGCUGGGCUUCGAAGAGUUUAAGUACCUGUGGAACAACAUCAAGAAAUGGCAGUGUGUCUAUAAACAGUACCAUCGGGACGGUUCCGGCUACCUGGGAAGUGCUCAGCUGCGGGGGGCUCUGCAGGCAGCGGGCUUCCAGCUAAAUGAACAGCUUUACCAAAUGAUCAUCCGCCGCUAUGCUGACGAGGAGGGGAGGAUGGACUUUAACAACUUCAUCAGCUGCCUGGUCCGCUUGGAUGCCAUGUUUCGUGCCUUCAAAUCUCUGGAUAGAGACGCAGAUGGACUGAUUCAAGUAUCCAUCCGAGAGUGGCUGCAGCUCACCAUGUAUUCCUAAAGG